CGUUAUCAAAAUUUUCGGACACAAUGCCUGCCCCUACGGUCGGAGCUACGAGCUCCAAGAAAAGAAAGAACCUCAAAGAGAGCGGUGUCCCGUCGUCGAAGCGUCGUGCAGUGGCAGAGAACGAUAGCGCAGAUGUGAUGGUCGAAAUCUCUCAAUUGGAAGAACAGAUUUCCGAGUCGCGAAAGUACUACAACAACAUCGCCAAGCUGAUUUCGAUGCUGAAUGUGGACGAAAAUGCUACCAAUCCAAAUUUGGCCGUCGCAGUAUCCCUCUGUCGAGUGUUCAGUAGAUUGAUUGCCGGUGGAGAUAUGGCGGAGACAAACAGAGCCGCAGAGAAUGAGAAGAUCAUUGCAGCAUGGCUGAAGGAACGCUGUCGCGAAUAUCAGAAGGCGCUUUCUGCCAUACUGCGUGAGGGGGAUACGUCUGCUAAGCUCACAGCCUUCACUCUCUGCAUGCGCAUGAUCAGCGAACGUGCUACCCAUAUCCCUGGCGAAGAUCCUCAAGUCUGGCUAUCUGGUUUGUUCAAGAACGUUAUCGAAGCCGUUGUCGAAACCGGCGACAGCGAGGCACUGCGGUCUGAGUUCCUUGAGAAGUUCGCAAAGGAAUACGAAGACGUGCGGUUCUAUACAUUCGUGCAGAUUGCCGACAUCGCAGGAACGAAACAAAAUACAAAAACCCUUGACAUCCUCAUCUCCAUACUAUCAGCCUGCGACACGGUCCCCAGCCCCCAGCACGAAUUCCAGAACUUCUAUGUCAAAUCCAGCAAAAAGAACAAGAAGCUCGUCUCAGUCAAUUCUCACAAGAAGCGCGCCCAAGACGCCUGGCUCGCCGUCCUCCGAAACAACAUCUCCGAAUCCCAGCGGAAGAUCCUCCUCCGCAUCAUGGUCCACAACAUCGAGCCCUGGUUCAGCCGUCCCGAACUGCUCAUGGACUUCCUAACAGACUCCUACAACGUCGGCGGUGCAACCUCCCUGCUCGCCCUCUCUGGUCUAUUCUACCUUAUCCAGGAAAAGAACCUGGAUUACCCUCAGUUCUACCAAAAGCUCUACUCGCUCCUCGAUGCCGACUUGCUCCACUCCAAACACCGUUCCCGCUUUUUCCGCUUGAUGAACACUUUCCUCGCCUCCACCCAUUUGCCGGCUACUCUUAUCGCCAGCUUCAUCAAGCGUCUCUCUCGUCUUGCGCUUAACGCCCCUCCAGCUGCCAUCGUUGUGACCGUCCCCUUCAUCUACAACCUCCUUAAAUCACACCCCACCUGCACCUUCAUGCUCCACCGCGUUAUCAAGGACGAAGCCAAAGCCGAAUUGGAGGCUGAGGGCAUGGACGACCCGUUCGAUCCAGAGGAGCCCGAACCGGUUCGUACAAACGCCAUAGAGAGCAGUCUAUGGGAGAUCCACUCCCUCCAACAACACUAUCAUCCCAACGUUGCCGCGAUUGCACGUAUCUUAUCCGAGCAAUUCACGAAACAAUUUUAUAACCUUGAAGAUUUCCUGGACUAUACCUACCAGGGUAUGGUGCAAGCGGAGCUGGGAACAGAGGAGAAGCCCAUGAAGCGGAUCCCUGUUAUUGAGUAUCACAUCCCCAAGCGGAUAUUUACCGAUCGAAUGUUAAAAGAGGAUGGAGGCGUGGAUACCGCGCCGGGGAGCCUUGUCAGAGGGUUAUGGGAUUUCCCAUAAGGGUUACGCGCGAUGCACAGGUAUAUUUUAGAUUUUCUUUUUCUUUUUUAGCGUAUAUAAUUGGACUGGUUUGAUUAACAUACAACGAAUAUAAGUUUACAC